AUGGUGAUGCAGAGUCAGACGAAGACUACUGAAGUCUCACCGUCAGAGCCUGUCAACGCUGUCUUAGUGGCAGGCUUCGCAAACUCUGCCUUCAAACGGGCGCUCGAGAGCAACCAGCAAUGGGCCCAGAAAGUCAGCCAGUCUGACCCUGACUUCUUCCCAACAUGCGCCAAAGGUCAGGCUCCAGCCAUCUUGUGGCUAGGAUGCAGUGACUCGAGGACCCCUGAGACCACUGUAUUGGGCCUUAAGCCUGGCGAUGUGUUUACCCACCGCAACAUCGCCAACAUCGUCAGCCCCACCGACCUAAGUUUGCUUUCGGUCGUCGAAUAUGCCGUGGCACACAUCAAAGUCAAGCACGUGGUCCUGUGCGGACACACAAGCUGCGGCGGUGUUGCAGGGUGUCUAGCGAACAUGAAGCUUGGUGGCCCGCUUGAUAUCUGGCUGCAGCCAAUGCGGGUCCUACGCGAACAGCAUGUUGAUGAACUAGAGAAGCUGGAAGGUGCUGAGAAGACCACCUACAUGAGCAAGCUCAACGUGCAGGCUGGCGUCGAUGUGCUACGGAGAAUGCCGACGAUCAUUGAUGCGAUGAGAAGCCGUGGCAUGCAGGUCCAUGGCGUAAUCUACGACCUCGCGAGCGGAAUUGUAGAAGAGGUGGACUGCGACGAGCACGAGGACAUCACGGCGAAGCGCGAGGCGGCUUUCGAGAGGAAGUAGUGCAAGGCUGUCCACGCAUCUUUGGUGCCACAAGUGGUUUAGAGUCGAUCCCAUCUAGUUAGAUUUCGAGUCAGUUAGAUCCUAACAUUGGAAGUGCGAUGUUACGUCCCAUCUGCGGCGCCCAGCUUCGAGCGUGCAGAGGAAGAGCGCACGGAGUCAUCCUGUGUAGAGUGUGGGUGCUCCUGGCGCCAUACAAGACACACCGCCCCCAACUCAACCCACACGGCGCGCCGGCUUGCAUAUUCUACUUGUGCGUACGGUUGAUAAGUGUAGCAUUAAUCGCAACAGCUUUUGGUGCAAUUGUGGCUUGCAUCAGUCCGACGGGU